ACGUUUCUUCUCUUUACUUCGAUUCUGAAAGUAAUAUUAAAAUUUGUGCGAGGAUUUGUGGUCAAAUACGAGGGAAUUUAAAACCCAAGGAUGACAUUUGCCGCAGGUAGUAUAGCUGGUCAUCAUAUGAUGCAUGAGAUGGACGUUGUCACGAAAGUCGCGGGUAAAUUACUGGAGAUUCAACACUCGCAGUAUUUUGAUCGAGCGUCGGUGCUCCGGCGACCUUUAAAGCUUUCACAAGCAUACUGUUUGCUCUGGCAAAAUCAAGAAACAGGCGAUGUGGAAGGAAGACAAGGGUCUUCGCGUAAACUUGGAGGAUGUUUCUUUGCCGUAUUGGUUGACCUGAUGGCUUUGGGCAAAAUUUCAUUAGUCAGCGAACACAAAAAUAGUCUUGCUGUGCAGGUUGUUAACCAAGAACAAACAGGAACAUAUCUGGACAGUGUGGUGUUUGAUGAAAUGGUGAAAUAUCAAAAUAAACACCCAACAAAGAACAAGGAAGUGUCGGAAUAUAUAUUGGAAGCUGUUAAACGAGAUAAUGUGGAUAAAAACUGUGCAACUUUGACACUUGAUAGUCUUGUUGAAAUUGAUAUACUGGACAAGGAACAGAAGAUGUUAGGACUUACUAAGAAAUACCCAACUCUAAAAUUUGAACCAGAGAACUCACUGAAACAUGAAAUCUCAGAGAUUCUCUUGAAUUUUGCAGCACCUGAUUCUUACAUGCGUUGUUUACUAACAAUCCUGAGAACAUCAGACAAGCUAUACCUUACCUCUGAUCCUCUGCUAUCAAAAUAUUUCAGCAAGGCAGACUAUGAGAAGAAAGUCAAAGAGAGGGUUGAUGUUAUUUCAAAUUCUUGGUCUUAUUGAAAGAGCAAAACUUGUAUUAGAUUGUUAACUACCAUCACGUUGCAAUUCUAGCAGGAUCGAGGUGCACAACAAAUACCUAAAUAAUUGUGCUAUCACUACACAUAUGGUUUCAACAACUUUUCUUCUCUAAAUAUAUUUUAUGUCAGGAAACAAACAUUCCCAGAUACAGUAUUUAUAAAUGAUGUUUCCUCACAAAUUAUCUUCACAUGAAGUCACAUUGUUUGCACCUAAAUGGUAUUUCUAAGUGUUUUCAAAAUGUUGAACUGGCAGCAUAUGUUGCUGCUGAUAUCAGCAGCAAUUCACAGUGUAAUAUAAUUAAUUUGAUAGAAAUAUGUACAGAACUUUUACGAAAGCAUUUUUAUUAAAAUAUGAACUACAUUAAAUGU